AUGGAGCUGGAUCCUCCAGUACCGAAGUACAAUAACGGCGAUCAGUUGAGCUUUGCUUACCCUUCAGUACGUGAUAGGUGGCCAGCAAUCAUAACGCAAAUCAUAGACGACGUCCACCGAACCAUUUCAGAUUUGCACUCAGAGCACAAUGAUCGACUAUCAGAAGGCAAGACUAUUGUCAGGGAACUUGCCUCGUUGAAGUAUGAGAUGCAACACAACCGUGUGUUGACACCACUCGAAGAUGACGGUUUCGAGGACAUCAGGCUAUACAACGAUGAGCUGCAGCAACGCACGGCAGCAGAUUUAGAUGGGCCGAAAGGUGAGGUGCCCAAGUGGCACAAUGUGGAAUGGCUCUUCUCCGAGUGCUACAUGUACCGACGUGUCUAUACCUUCUUCUCGAAGACGACCCACUGGAAGGACUAUGACUAUUUUCAGCGCCAGAAGAUCAGUACUUUCCGUUCUUCGAGACCAGCUGUGCUUGAACUUUGUGCAAAGUACAAAGAGAUUAUAACGAACAUCAAACAGAACGAUCAGGUUGUGAAGGAUGUCCAAGAUCCACAGAGGAUUGCGGCAGCAGAAAAGUUGUUGUUUGUCGAAAUGGCAGAGAUCUGUCUAUGGGGCAAUGCAACCGAUUUGAGUUUACUUACCAAUAUGACAUACGAAGAUAUUCAGAAAUUGCAGGGCAGCAACGCUCGAAAAGAAAGUGAGAAGAACAUUCUCGCCAACGAUCUGUCAGAUGCCUUCGCAAUCCUCAACAAGGCCAAGCAGGUCGAGCAGAGAAGAAGAGUAGACAUUGUGCUUGACAAUGCUGGAUUCGAGCUGUUCGUUGAUCUUGUGCUUGCUGGAUACCUGCUAGCGACAGGUCUAGCAACAGAAGUCGUGUUGCAUCCCAAGAGCUUACCCUGGUUCGUCAGCGAUGUCCUUCCUAACGACUUCUCUGCUCUUCUGAACGCCAUGCAAGAUCCUAAGGCCUUUUACGAGGUUAACAUUGACGGCAAAGAUCCAGUACCAUUGUCGGACCAGGAAGCAGCGCACAUUCAGUUCUUGUUUGAGCACUGGAGUGAACUACAUACAGACGGGAAGAUCGUAUUACGCCCAAAUCGCUUCUGGACUCAGGCAGGUUCUUUCUGGAGGAUGCCUAAGCUUGCGCCGGAGCUCUUCCAGGAUCUCAAAGAGAGUGAACUGGUAGUCUUCAAAGGUGACUUGAACUACCGAAAAGUGGUUGGUGAUGCUGCUUGGGAUCCGACUACACCUAUAGAGACGGCUGCAGGUCCACUAGGAAAGUCAUCUGGACUUCGGUUACUUGCACUGCGUACAUGCAAAGGCGAUACAGUUGUCGGCCUGCCGAAAGGCAAAGACGAAGAACUGCGACAAGAACAAGGUGGACAACCUGAGGCUCGAAAAUGGGCCUGGAAGGGCAAAUGGGCUGUUGUAGAGCUCAGCGAUGGUAAAGCUUCGUGA